AUGGAUCAUUCACAUAUGGGUCAUGGCGGUAUGGAUCAUGGUGAUAUGGACAUGGGUGAAGGGCAGUGCUCCAUGAAUGCAAGUCUUCCGGAAGCAAGAUCAAUGCUCUUCACUUGGUCUUCGAAGAAUUUAUGCAUCGUUUUCCGACAAUGGAGAGUGACGGGCCCCCUCUCGCUGAUCCUGUCCUUGAUUGCCAUCGUCCUCCUGGCUGCCGGCUAUGAAUGUGUACGGGAGAUCAGUAGACGAUACGAGCAAAGCCACAACGCGCGCAUGGCUGCAUACAGCACUGGUGCUUUGAGCGAACCUGCACAAUUGAACGAAUCAAGCUCAUUGCUCGUCGUAGGAAGAGACUCGAAGGCGUCGGCGGAACGGCAAGGGACAAUUAUCAAAGCAGCUCUGUAUGCUGUACAAGUCUUCUACAGCUUCUUCAUCAUGCUUUUAUUCAUGACCUAUAACGGCUGGGUCAUGUUGGCGGUGGCAGUUGGUGCUUUCAUCGGAUACCUUGCGUUCGGCCGCAGCCUCACGUCAUCCAAAUCGGUUGCCUGCCAUUGA